AUGACCUCUGCUCACUCAAUCUUGCUGUGCCUCGGGCUGUGUCUGUGCAAGGGGACAAGGACCCAGGAAGCAGAUGGACUCCCCAAACCCUCCCUCAGGGCAGAGAAUGGCUCUUUGGUGCCCCAAGGGGGAGCUGUGACCCUCAGGUGCAGGGCAUCAUGGGAGGCAGAAGAGUGGUGGCUGGAGAAAGACAAAGCAUCUGGAUGGGAAAAUGUCAAAUCUGUGAGACAAGCUGGACAUGAGGGCAAGUUUUUGUUCCCAUCUGUGACAUCAUCUGAUGCAGGGCCCUACCGGUGCCUCUACAGAAAUUCAUCCUCUGGGUUGUCAAAGAUCAGUGACUCCCUGAAGCUGGUGGUGACAGGCCUCUCUCCCCCGCCCUCCCUGGCAGCCCUGCCCAGCUCUAAGCCGGCCCCAGGACAGAACGUGACCCUGCGGUGUUGGUCAGAGGGAUGGUAUGGCUGGUGCGUCCUGCACAAGGAUGGAGAAGAGAUCAGCCGCUGCAGGACCCGGAGCCAUGAAAGGGGGUAUCAGGCUGACUUCUUCUUCCCUGCUGUGAAUCUGACCCACGAUGGCACUUACCGAUGCUACGGCUUUCAUAGUUCUUCCCCCUAUGAGUGGUCCUCCCCCAGCGCCCCCCUGGUGCUCAGGGUCUCAGAUGCUGCUGCCCUGGAUUACACUGUGGGCAAUCUGGUCCGCCUCAUCUUGGCUGGGCUGGUCCUUGUCCUCCUGGGGGUCCUACUGAUUAAGCACUGGAAAAGUUCCACAGGGCAACCCAUUCAAGGAGUCCUUGGCUGA